AUGAGCAGGACACUCGCCCUCGCUGCCCUUCUGGGCCUGGCCCAUAUCUGCCAAGCGGCCCUGAUCUCUUCUCUUCCGGGUGCACCAGUCUCCAACUUCAAGCAGUAUUCUGGUUAUUACAAUGUGGGAACCAAGAAGAACCACAUGCUCCACUACUGGUUCGUCGAGUCCCAGAACAAUCCGUCUACCGACCCGGUGCUUCUUUGGCUCACCGGAGGUCCUGGAUGCUCCGGUCUCUCGGCUCUUUUGACCGAGUGGGGACCGUGGAAUGUGAGUCAUCUUUCUAUUUGUCCUACGGAAGUUUUUCAGCUGUUUUUCCCACUCCAUUUGAUUAUUAGUUGUUUUUAUUUUAGGUGAACACCGACGGUACGACUCUUUCGACGAAUCCAUACUCGUGGAACAAGAACGCCUCGAUUCUGACCCUCGAAGCGCCGGCUGGAGUCGGAUUCUCCUAUGCCACUGACAAUGACAUCUCGACCGGCGACGAUCAGACCGCCAACGAGAACUGGGAGGCGCUCGUCGCCUUCUUCGGAGAAUUCCCGCAGUACAAGGGCAACGACUUCUACGUUACCGGAGAGUCUUACGGUGGAAUCUACGUGCCGACGCUCGUCCAGACCAUCCUCGACCGUCAGACCCAAUUCCACAUCAACCUGAAAGGACUCGCCAUCGGAAACGGAUGUGUGUCCGCUAACGAGGGAACCGAUUCACUCGUCAACUUCCUCUACGCUCACGGAGUUGUGGACCAGGCCAAGUGGGACCACGUGAAGGCCACUUGCUGCAACAACGACACCGAUUCGUGCGCGUGGCAUUCGUUCAGUGAGCUCUCUUCGUGCGGACAGUUCGUGACGGCCACUGAGGAGCAGGCAUGGAACGGAGGCCUCAACCCGUACAACAUGUAUGCCGACUGCGUGUCCACCAGUGCUCAAAGCCGUUUCGCGAUGGAGUACGAGAGAAGGUUCAGCAAGAAGUACCAGCCUUCUGAGUUGGGAGUGGUGCCGUGCCUCGACGAGAGCCCCGUCACCAACUACCUCAACCGACAGGACGUCCGCAAGGCACUCGGAAUCCCGUCGUCGCUUCCCCAGUGGGAGAUCUGCAAGUGAGUUGCUCGCCCGCAUCCCCUCCGAUUCCGGCUCUUUUCAGUAACGCCAUUUCCUACGGCUACAAGAGACAGUACGGAGAUAUGACUUCGCGCGUUCUGAACGCCGUCAACAACAACAAUCUGAAGAUGAUGCUCUACAACGGAGAUGUUGAUUUGGCGUGCAACGCUCUGAUGGGACAGCGAUUCACUGAUAAGCUCGGGCUCGCCGUAAGGUCCUUCUGUGUUUCCAUCUCAAAUCCUUCGUUUUAGUUGACGAAGAAGAAAGGACACUUCUGGGUGAACAACCAGGUCGGAGGGUACGUGACUCAGUACAAGAGCGGACAAGUGUCGUUCGCGACGGUGCGCGGAGCCGGACACAUGGUGCCCACGGACAAACCGGCGGUCGCCGAGCACAUCAUCCAAUCAUUCCUGUUCAACAAGGCAUUCUAG